AUGCACCUCUCUGCUCACUCAAGCAGUACGCACAGUGCCCGUCUGAAAUAAACGAGCCUCGAUUGUCGGUGAUAAUUUUGUUAUUUUUUGAAAAGUUAAUGGGCGCGGGGAGAUGGCACGAACGUGUACGGACUGACUUAACUUGGCGCCCCCUUGCUUGCAUUGCACUUUUUAAAAAAUAUAUAUAUAUUUUCUGACCAACGGAGAAAGUCAAGUCGGAAGCUCGCACGUCAUGAGGGAAUAGACGCACCGGGGGAGGCGCCAUGUUAGCCACGCAAACGCCAGAUGCACCGCAGGAGGCUAAACAUGUCAAACAGAUCAAGGAGAAGCUGGCGCAGUCGCUCAAAACCCUGCAGAAGCGCUACGUGACGUCAGACGCGGUGGUCACCAGCGAAGACUGCGACGCCAACCUCCUUUGCUCCGCGCUGGAGGCCAUCUUCGUCCACGGCAUCAAGGGCAAGUACGUCCGCUGGGAGGCGAGCCGGAGCAGGAAGGGUGACCGCGGACCUCUGCCGCAGCCCUUCUUCUGGAGCCUGCUCAAGACCGUCACCCACCGCGACGUGAUCACGGAGCUGGAGAAGAUCAACUUCGUGGGCACGGACGUGGGCAGGUGCCGCGCGUGGCUGCGUCUGGCCCUCAAUCACGGCCUGCUGGAGUGCUACCUGACGUCGCUGUUCCGGGAGAGCUCGGCGCUGCGGGCCCACUAUCAGCCCGGCGCUCUGCUGCUCAACAGCGAGGAGCGGGAGGUGCUGCUCAGCUACCUGCAAGGCCUGGCUUCGCUCACCUUCGACCUCUCGUACAAGUCUGCCGUCCUCAACCAGUGGACCACCACCCCGCUCAGCCUCGCCGGACUCUGUGACCCGUGGCCGGCCGACCCUCCGGACCCGCCCGUCAACGUUCGAGCGGAUCAGCCUGUGUGCAAAGACUCGUGGGAUACGGUGUCGCAGUUGUCAGGGGCUUCCGAUCCAGGUCCGGCACUCGGGAGGGCCUCUGGUGGGUCCCGCGGGGGCGGCGAAGUGCUGAACUCGUCCACUCUGAGCCUCGACACCACAGACUCCUCCCAGCUCUCCUCCAGCUUGAGCUCAGACAGCCUACUCCAGGGCCAAGACCCCCGCAGCCCUGCUUCGGAGCAAUGGUCCUCCUGCGACCUCGGAGGCAGUACCAAGGUGCCCCCGAAAGAAUCGGCUCCCAAGCUACAGGACAACGGCAACUCCAGUCAAGACUCCAUGCGCGAAGACUCCUUUGUCUCCAGCCCCAGCGCCGAUCACUUCUCCGACAGCGACCAGCCACCCAGUCCUGCUUUCUCAGACACGGAGCCGCCGGCGCCGCCCGUCGACCCGCCAUUGCCCCGCCAGAAGACCGUUGGCCGUGCGCUACCCGCCGUCGCGGCGGUCCCAGACAAGGCCGAACUGGACCACAUAGAGAAAGGAAGCAAGACUGUCCUGUGCAGGGAUCAGUCGGCAGAUUCGCUCACGCGUUCUCGCUGCUGGAUCUCCGAGGAAGACAUCUACAAGCCCCGUGUGGACGAGGAGUCAGACCAUGUGGACCAACACAGGCCCCCAUCUCCGGUUCCUCCUCCUCCUCCUCCUCCUCCUGCUGCUGCUGCUCCUGCAGACUCACAGGCGCCACCUAGCGUUGUGCAUCGCCGGCAAAUCGGCCUCUCCAACCCGUUCCGGGGCUUGCUGAAGCUCGGUCACCUGGAACGUCGGGGCGCCAUGGGGAUGUGGCGGGACCACUACUGCGAGCUGUCGCCCUUCGAGUUCCGCCUCUAUCUCAAUGCCGAGGAGCGGACGUGCUGCGACAACUGCUCCCUGCUUCGGUGCGAGGACGCCCGCCUGGCCUCGCCCGACGGCCGCUUCGAGCUGGCCUUUCCCGGCAAGCGGCUGCACCUGCGCGCCGCGAACCGGGACGAAGCCGAGGACUGGCUGGACCGCGUCGUGGAGGCGGUCAACAAGUGCCGGCCCGUUUCCCGCGUAGACGAGCAGUGGGAGAUUCUCGAGGUGCUUGGCGAGAACUGCGUGGAAGACGGAAGCGUUUCUUUCGCGUGCUCCACCUCGUGCAGCCCCGAGCGAGGCUCCUCGCCUGCGCCGCUCCCCGAGUUCAAUUGGACUCGUGUUGCGGAUUUAGAAAGGGACGCCAUCAAAGAAGCGGUGCUGUACUGUUGCCCGGACGCUGAUGCUCGCUCGUGGAUGCCUCUCGUGUUCUCGCUCUCCUUGGAAGCCUUGAAAGGUUUCCAAGUGCACGAAGGAAGGAAGUCGCUGCGGAUGACGUUCCCCAUUCAGGAAGUGCGAGACGUAGUCCCCGACGUCGCGUUGGGCGGACCCAACUUUUUUAAACUCCUGACGCUCAGGGAAACGUUCCGACUGCGGGCGGAGACCGCGGAGGAGGCGCACUCCUGGAGGGCUCUGAUCCGCGGGGCUCUGGACUCCUACUUGGAAAGCGCCGAGGAGGGCGAAGAGGCGAGCGCGGCUGGCCACAGAGGCGGUGGAAACCUGUACAGACUGGUUCAGCACAGACUCAAAGAAGACGGGGCGCUGCUGGUGCAUUUGUGCAACGUCCCCUCGCUGAAAGGACUGGACGUGCAGAGCUUCAAAUGCGCAGGCUGCCCCCAACAGAUCGGCCCGUCGCUGGGACGAGCCCGCCUGUGCGAGUUCUCGGGCCAGUACUACUGCGACUCUUGUCACUGCGGCGACACCACCAUCAUCCCCUCGCGCAUGUUGCACAACUGGGACCUCAAUAAACGCGAGGUGUCAAAGAAGGCGCUGUGGCUGCUGGCCCAGGUGGAUCAGGAGCCUCUGCUGAACCUGGACCAGCUCAACCCCGACUUGCCGACACACUCCGACUCCAUGGGUCUGGUGCACAAGCUUCGGCUACGACUGCGGCUGCUGGGCGACUACCUGCUCACCUGCCGCAGCAGAGCCUGCAAGAUGCUCCAAGCUAGGAUGGAGCAGCGAACCUACCUGCUGGAGUCCAGCAGCCUGUACAGUGUGAGGGACCUGCGGGAGAUCGCCGAGGAGCAGUACACGUCAUACCUGGCGUCCUUGUGCCAGUUCGCCAGCAGCCACGUGUUCCGCUGCGACCUGUGCACGCAGCGGGGCUUCAUCUGCCAGAUGUGCCACAGCGACGACAUCAUCUUCCCCUUCCAGUUCGACAGCACCGCCAGGUGCAAGGAGUGCAAGGCGGUGUUCCAUCGGACCUGCAUGGCUCCGGGCCGCCGCUGCCCUCGCUGCCUGCGGAUGAGGAAGUACCUGGAGAGGGACCUGCAGGACUGAGGGGUGCCAACAAGGGGGUGCUAUGAUUCUUUCAAUAGAGGAGCAGCCGACAACUACAAAAACCAACCACAUUAAACCACAAGUGCAAUUAUUAGUAUUAGUAUUAUUAUUAUGGGGGAAAGUGACAGGUGGACUGAUCCUAAUUUAUUGCCCUGAGCAGCCACAGUCAUCUCACCAUCAUCCUCAUCAUGAGAACUUUUUUUUUUUUCCCCUCUUGCCCAAUUCGUCUUACAUGAGAAGAUGAGAAGUCGCAAGUUUUCCACGCAAAGGAACUGAGAUUAACACUUGAAAUUAGCGACAUGUUCAAAUGUGCCUUAGGACUUUUGUUUUUAUUUUUAUUCCGACGGGA